ACGAAACUAGCCCCUAUGGUUGGCAUUGGUUGCUGUGGUAAAUGGGCUUUUGCGCACCCGAUUUGACUGGUGCGGAAUAUGGAAUCGCAUAUGUAAUUUAAUUACAGUAAAGACAUGAGCAGCACUAACUACGAAGUGUCCGUGGCCACACUGAGCUACCUUCAUAAAAUAGCAAAAGAAUGCGCUUCAAUAUCUUUGCCGCUUACAAGGUGCAUAAGCUACCGUCUUCUGGAGUGCAGUGAACGACGAGGUGUCACUGAGAACAAACUUUUGACGAAGUGUGAAAAUUGUGGAAUUGCUUGGGACCCAUCCAGUGUUCAAAUCCGGACAAAGCCCAGACCUGUCUUACGACGGAGUAUUAGAAAGCUGCUUGCCAAGGAACAGCACCGGCCAUGGCUUCUCAGCUCAAGGCAAAAGAAACUACUGAAGCGUUUCAAGCAUGCCACAACAAUGCUAGUAUACCUGUGCAAAAUGUGUGGCAAAAAGCAGGAGCAAGCAUGUCCAAAACCAUUGAAGAACCAAACAUCUACAAUCAAUUCAACCUUUUUCUGCAAAAAAGAAAUUGCUACUAAGAGCAUGAAGAGACCCAUUUCGAGCCCUCUUCACGUGCUUGUAAAGAAGAAGAAAGAAGAGAAGUGCACAGUAUCAGAUACACCAAAGGAAUGUGCCUCUGUCAAACGCAAUAGGAGUCUGUUGAAGCGUGUUCUUAUUGAACAGGACACACAAAACACCAGCAGUGGAGGGCUUCAUAGUUUCCUCUCUUCUCUGUAGUACGAUAUUGUAUUUCUCAGUCACCAUCAUCAUCUGUUAAGGAAAGGGUGCAAGGUGCAGCUUUAUGUGCAAUACCUGUUUCCUAGUAGGCUGAUGUCCCUCAGCAUGCCUUGUCUCAUUGGUAGGGAACAUAGUUUGGCCACUUGGUAGAUCAGUCCGAGUGAGCUCGAAGAGUAGAAAUACAGAAUUUUCACAGGAGAAGUUGUGGGCUUAGGCUAGAAGUGCGAGAAUAUGAUAGGAACAGCAGGUAAAGACUAGGACAAGUGAUAACUCCCAAGUAAGUUAUAUGAAAAGA